AACAGUCAAUCAGUUCAGAUAGUUCUUUUUUGACUAUCAGCUCCUGAGGAGCCACCUUGCUCCACAGUACAGACAAAGCUGAGCCAAAAGCACAGGUUCUUAGUGACUAAGGAGGCUGGUGCCUGUCACCAGUCAUGGCUGGGUCCUAGGAUUCUCACUGCUGCGUUGAAGAUUCCUGGCAGUAAGUGGUGUGGAACAGUCGGAAACACCUGCAGUGAGAUAGACAGAGAGAGAGUGAGUCCCAGCCAAAGGCCAGCCCUUUCCAUUCUGUGCACUGGACUGCGUGACAUUGUGGAAGAAACCUCUUUUGGGAUCCACAGUACUCUGAUUCUGUCUUCACGCCAGUGAGACACAUGCUCAGUGACCAUCUAAGGAGCAGCCAUUGAAUGUCAUCUUAAAGGUUCAGCAUUGGGGUGGGUCCCUCUUUCCCCUUCUUCACACCCCUCACCACCUCAGCCCACACCCCCACAUCUCCUGCUGGAUUUUUGGACAAUGGAGUUGAAGGUGUGGGUGGACGGGGUUCAGCGAGUGGUCUGUGGAGUCAAUGAGAAGACCACGUGCCAGGAGGUGGUCAUCGCCCUUGCACAGGCUAUGGGCCGGACUGGACGCUACACUCUGAAGGAAAAGUGGAAGGAUAUUGAAAGGCAUUUCACACCAGAGGAGAAACUCUUGUCAUCCCUCAGUAAAUGGGGCCAGAAAACUAAGGAUGUUCAGCUGAUACUAAAUCGCACUGGGCCUUCCCUCAACCUGUGGCCUGUAUCAGACAAACACAGAGGACCGGAGAGGAACGUUCACAGACAGAGCCUUCCCCCAUUAGCAAAACUCCGGAAUAAAAGUGACAAAAACAGUCAUGUGAAGGAAGCCAAGAGGAAGUCCCUAAAUUUUGCUGAAGGGGCUCGAGAGUGGCUGGGGUCGUUCGGGAAGAGCAAGGAAGGAAAGGUCAAAGGCAAAGACAGCGAGCCUGAAAAGAAGGCCUCAAAUUCUGACCACCGUCCGGGAGAGGAGCUGAACCAGCUACUCCAGCGUCAGCAGGAGAAGCUGACCAGUCUUCAAGCUGAGCUGGAGGCGAGUGAAGCAGAAAUCGCAAAGCUGCAGGAAGACCAUGAGCCAAGCACCCACACUGAGAUCGUCAGGAUCCAGGAGCUGAUAGACGAGAGGAGUGCCGAGGCAGAGGAGGUGGAAUUCUGGGAGAACGAACUGAAGGCUGAGCAGCUCCACGGGGGAGAACUCCGGGAGCAGCUGGAAGAAGUGAAGGAGAAGCUUGAGGAAUGCGAGGAGAAACUGAGGAACUGCUUGCUGAAAGCCCAGGGUCUGGCGGCCGACCUGGAGGUGGUCAGGUCUCAGAGGGAACAGCAAGAGGCCAAAUCCUGCCAUGACAUCAGGAUCAAGGUAGAGGAACUGAAAGAGGAAAUAACUGUUAAAUCUCAGAAAGCUGUACGAUUGGAGGAGGAUGUAAGGCUGGUGGAGAAGGUCAUUGAGAGGGUGGAAAAUGAAAUUCAGAGGAAACGCUGUGAGCUGGAAGAUUUGACAAGAGAGCUACGACAGGUAAACCUGCUCCAGUUCAUUCAGCAGACAGGGACAAAGGUCAGCAUUCUCCCAGCCCAGGAGGGACCUACUCAGGUUAUUGAGUCUCGGCUGCAUCAAAACUCUCCUGAAAAUGAAAUACUCCCUGCCAAGGCCAAGGUUCUCCAGUAUUUAAUGGUCUCCAGUUUUAACCGAGAAGGGAUCUACGUAUAACUUUCAUUUUAUUGUGUUCUGGACUCGUAUGAGUCCAACAGAUCACUCCAACGCAUGCAUAGCCUGUGAUAGCAGACUUGGCUCUGAUACUGCUGAUAGGUUCCAGGCAAAUAAGAUGCAUAACUGAAGCAUUGGAAACUUUAGAAGGGGACAUGCUUUAAGGCUUCUGCCACAUGAAGGUAACCUGCAUCCAGUUGCAUCUUGUUGCUGGGCUGGACACACAACAGCAUGGGCACGACCCUAAGUGCAGUUCAAUCACAUCCAGAAAGACGUGAGAAUGAAUCUGAACAUAACACUUAUAAUAUUGAAGCUGGUAGAAUGCAUUUGUCACCAGUACAGUACAGAGAUUGUGCACUGUACUGGGUCAACUACAGCAAUGAUUUGUGUUUAUAAAAUAACUUUAAUUAAAAUAAAUGUACUCAGGCAUUUGGCCCAAAGAAGCUGAAAGCAUGGCCACCAAUGGUGGAGAAAUAAGAAUCAGGAAGUUCAUGGGGUCAGAAUUACAUGAAUGCUGAUGUCCAGAGGGUUACAGAGAAGAUUAUAAAUAUAGAGAGGGGCCUCUAUUGAGCACAGUGCACAGAUAUGGGAUAGCAGGUCACAUGGUGUGUAUUUGACUAUUAAGUAAUUAUACAGUGCAUUCACAUCUGAAACUGUGUGUACCUUGUUAGUCCAUUGGGUUCUCUAAGUUGUAUUUAUGAAAGGACAAACAUUACAUUAUUGCAAUAACACAGUCUAUCUAUUAACUGUUUUCUUAUAAGUGUGAUGCAGAAACUGAGGCUAACAGGAUACAUAUCGUACAUGAAUACCCAGAGAUGUGUUAGGAUCAGGAACUGAAGGUUCACUGUUCUCCUGCAGUUUACUAAGUUCCUGUGCAUAUACAUAAAUCACGUACUCAGACUGAAAGCCACAUUUUCAGACUUAUAGGGCUUCAAUUUUCUUAUUCACUGCACAUCCUUGUAAUCAGCUCAAAUCUUGUCAACACAUGAAAUGUAAAACCAGUGCGGGGAUAUGCAGUAUAAAAACACUGCAAAUGCAAAAUGUACUGAAUAAUUAGUUAACAUUUAUUUUUCUCAUGAUUAACUCCAAAGGUUAAUCCAUUCUAUAACAAGAGCAGCUGAAAGCUCAGUGCUAAUGACACAAAAAAUACAUAGAUGAACAUCCAAAGGAAGCAAAAAAGCUCAAACAUUAUCACUUUACCAGCAAUUUCUUUGAUAUAUGAAAACAAUUUGGAUCAUUUCAGAUUGCUUAAUUGUGAAAUAUUGAGUCACAUGUCAGUAUAAUUCAUUCUUAAAGCUACUGUUCUGUCUGCCUAGCUUGUCUUCCUGAACUGUGUGUUUAGAAACACUCCAAGAGUGUCCUGGAGUCUUCCUUUAUGCCUAAGUCAUAUAACAGCACAGAAAGAGGCCAUUCCAUCCACCAGUUCUUUGACAGAUUAAUCAAAAUACAUGCUUUGAACAUAACUAUCAUUAGUUAUAAUAACAAUGAAACUGGAAGAAAAAAAGAUUUGUUCAGAUUGUGUGGGAGGAACUAGGAGAUGAUGUGACGAAACUUUGAGGAGUGUAUAAAACAUCCAUAAAUCUCUUCAUGUGAAAUGGUUCUAUUCCAUUCACUUGCCUUCUGAUUUUCAUUGCUGUUGCUCUAACAAAUGUUGGGAAUUUCUUGGCUGUCCUCAGUAUGGAUUUGGGAGAGAAGGGAAUUCAGUGAGCUCACACAUGUCAAAGCCUGAAUUUUCAUUAUUUUAGUUGCAAGUGCAGAGUUGAAAAAGUUACAAAUUUCAAAAUUGCUCUGGCCUGUCAGAUUUUGGUUCAGGGCACCUGGGGGAAGGGUUAUUGCUGGUGCCAGGGAUGGCACCCCAGCAAGAGUUUGGGGGCAAUCUAUUAUUGUGUGUAGAAAUAGGUUGUCUGAAAUGCCAGCUUCAGUGCUUCAACAGUUUGUCCCUGCAUUAAAAAAAACAAUAAAAUAUUCUUCCAGCUCUCACCCGUCACAUAAUCCCUAUGUCCCACCCAUGCCAUCUAAUGUUUCCCACCCACUUCCAUGGCUUUCAUGACCUCCUUGUUUGCCCAUAGCCCUUUAGCCUACCGUAUCUGUUCAUAUUUCCAUGCCAACAUAGUAUUUUCUCCUGCCAACCAAGGACCUCCCCAGGCAACACCCUUUGUACCCAUUAUGCCAACUCACCACAUAUUCAAUAUGGGAAGACUGCCGCACCCAUGCUGAACUUAAAUAGUUUUUAAAGUUCUUGAGUGUUAAUCGUGAAUUUACCAUUUAUGAAGCACACCUAUUGAACAAAAAGCAUUUACUACAUUUGACUUCAUUCAGUUACUUAAUUCAGUAAGCUUGACAGUUCUUUUGACAACUUGACAGUUCUUUUGACAACUUGACAGUUCUUUUGACAACUUGACAGUUCUUCUGACAACUUGUCAGUUCCCUUGACAGGUUGACAUUCCAAUGAAUUCCAUAGUUUCUUUGACAACUUGACAGUUCUUUAGACAGGGCGAAAGUGAGUACUGCAGAUGCUGGAAAUAAGAGUUAAGAGUGUGGUGUUGGAAAAACACAGAAGAUCAGGCAGCAUCCGAGGAGCACGAAAAUUAAUGUUUCUGGCAAAAGCCCUUCAUCAGGAAAGUUAUUUUGACAGUUUGACAGUUUCAAUGUAUUUAUUCAGUUCUCAUGCACAUUGAUGUCUACCUUUAAUAAUCUCCAAAAACGUGUGAUGUCUCCCAAAGAAGGCCAUACCUCUCCCAAAGAGCAUCUUACUUCCUCAAAGACACUCCCCGGGCAUCCUAAAGUGUAACCAAAGUCUCUCCAAAGAUCUCCAGCAAUGUUAGAUCUUGUCUUGAGAAGUGAAAAGCCCAGAAGUUUUGUUUUGGACAGGCACAUGUACCUGUAACAGUGCAAUGGAAAUAUUCAGUCUCAGAGCGUCAGAGCAGUCCUCCAGGAGUUGUUGCACUGUAGCUGAAAAAACUAAUUGAAUAUUAGAGAUUGGUCCUAACUUGCUGUCCAUAAUAAAUAUUAUGUAAAUUCAUGCUGCAUUACUUAUCCAAGUUGAACAGUAAGGAAGAUUCAGUAUAUAAUGCAGUAUGGAAGAACAGAAGUUCCAACACAGUGAUCUUUCCUCCACCAAUAUUGAACUUACAAUACACUAACUUAAAAGCUUAGCUCAAACGAAUGAAGUUUCUCACAAUAUACAAUGUUGUAUUCUGGCAUAGACUGUGGAUCAGUCAGGCCUGUAUCUUUAAGCCUGAGACUUGGCAUCACAACAUAUGAUGUUCUAAUAUAAAGGUACAUACCUCAUCUAUCGUCAUUCUUUCUGUAAUGGAAUCAGUGCAGUGUCUUUACACAGUCAGCAAUGUGUACAGUAAGUCUAGUAAGCAUAGAAUCCAGAUUCUGUGCAUAAAUCUGUGAUAUUGUGACUGUUAAUAAACAUAAAAACAUGA